AUGAUCUUCGAGAGUACUACAUACGCCAAUUCAAUAAUUCAACGACAUCAACAACAACAACAGAGUCCACAACAUCAACAACAACAACAACAGAGUCCACAACAUCAACAACAACGAAGUCCACGACAUCAACAACAACAGAAUCCACAACAUCAACAACAUCAGAGUCCACGACGUCAACAACAUCAGAGUCCACAACAUCAACAACAAGAACAACAGACUCCACCACAACAACAACAACAGAAUCUACGACGACAACAACGACAGAAUCCACGACAACAACAACGACAGAGUCUACGACAACAACAGAAACUCCCUCCACAAGUAACUACUACAACAACUACAACUACGCGCUGCUUUGAUAUAUGUUGGCAAGAGAAUUGUGAAACAGGUGCUAAUACUAGUAUACCUUGUCCUAGUACAGCUUUUUCAACAUCAUCAUCUACAACAACAUCUAGUAGUUCAUCAACAUUCUUACCUCCAAUAACAUCUACUAGUUCACCAACAAUAAACUGUCAAUAUCUUGAAGAUGAACUAAGACGAGUAAAAUUAGGUUUAGGUAUUGGUUUAGGUUCUGGUAUGUUGGUAACUACUGGAUUGGCCAUUGGUACUUAUAUUUAUUUUUCCAGACAGCUAGCACAAUAUUCAGCUUCAUCAGCACUAGGACCGGAAUACUUAACUAGAUUUUAA